CCCAAAGCAGUGCAAACAGGGACCGCCAGCGCAAGCAAGCGAAUGGUUCCGUUCAAUGUGCCUCCGAUGUCACGCGCUUGGUUUCUUUACACCCAAAAUGGACAGGAUCUUAAGCAACAUUGGCGACCUGAUCAGUGGUCAGAACGAACAUUCUGCACAUUACGCGCCGGAUGAGCCUCAGUCCACUACUUCUCCCUCCCUAUCGGAGGCCGUAGUUUAUCGAUAUCGCAAGCAGUAUGGCAUAAACCUAGGCUCAUGGUUCACGUUGGAGCGAUGGAUUUCGGAGGCGCCCUUCAAGGAAGUUGAUGGUCAAUGCGAUCUCGCUUUGGCGCACGGCCCACACGCUAAACAACACCUCGAGGCUCAUUGGGACUCGUGGUUGAAGGAUGAAGACUGGGACUGGAUACGGGAUCAUGGAUAUAAUACUGUCAGGAUCCCUAUUGGAUACUAUCACAUUUGUGGCCUUGAGCCAUCUGUCAUCCAUGGAACAGACUUCGAGCCCUACCGGGACGUAUACGAAGGCGCGUGGAAGCGCAUUUCCCGAGCAAUUUCUACGGCAGCCAGUUAUGGCAUAGGAGUUCUCGUCGACCUUCACGCUGCGCCAGGGGCACAGAAUAAGGACCCUCACGCGGGAACUGGAACCGGUCAAGUCCACUUCUGGGAGCCUCACAAUCAGUCCGCCACAGUCCGUGCACUGCGAGUUCUCGCUGCCGCCUUAUCUCCUAUCCCCAAUGUUGUGGGUCUGGAACUCCUGAAUGAGCCUGCUAACAACGAUUCCCUCCAAGGAUGGUAUGAAGACACAAUUCGCGCCAUCCGAUCGGCCCUUCCGCCCCGACAUGCUGAUGAGUUUCCCAUCUACGUCGGCGAUGCGUGGGAUCCGAACUGGUAUGCAUCCUGGACGGGACAACGACACGACUUUGUGGUAUUGGACCAUCAUGUUUAUCGUUGCUUCACACCUGAAGACUUGAAGCUUACUGGUGACCAACACGCGCAUAACAUUCAAACGGACACAAGAGGAUGGUUCACGUCUCUCUCAUCGAAAGCUAAGGGUAAUUUCGUCAUCGGCGAGUGGUCCGGGGCCUUAGGUCCCAGCUCCGUCGGUCUUCCCGGAGCGGAUGCUGGAGAGCAAGACCGACAGAGAAGGGUGUUUGUACGUGCGCAAUCUGAAGUUUUCGAUGCGACAUCCGCUGGGAGUUUCUUUUGGACAUAUAAGAAAGGUCAAGGCUGGGAUGCUGGCUGGUCUGCCCGAGAUUCAAGAUUGGCAGACAUUUUGCCUCAUUGGCGUGGUGGCGUGAAGAGGGGUAUAGGAAGAGGGAAAAUUACCGACAACGAGAAACAGGAGGCUUUAAGGAAGGCUUAUGAUUCCCAUGUGGCAUACUGGGAGGCUCACGGUCAUGGAAGCAAAGAGCCUUGGCGCUUUCAAGACGGCUUCUCCAAAGGAUGGGAUGAUGCGAAACAUUUCUCGCAGAACAUACCCGCAUCAAACUCGUCCCCCACGAUUGGGUUCCUUGGUCGUUGGACGAGUCGACGUGUAGCAGACCAUGUCCAAGAGAAAGGAACAAGUCCUCAACUUUGGGAGUUCGAGCAUGGCUUCGAACAAGGGGCAAAUGCUGCUGUUGCCGCGUUGGCCGACUGAGGAUCAGCGAAUCGAUGGGCGGAUCGUGAUGAAGUCAAUUGUCAAAGUUCAAGUGUGCUGAUGCGUUUGAAAACAAAUGUACUUGAUAGCCCCACAAUGUAUGUACAAUCCAAUGGAAUUCCAGACAGUUGUGAUGGAUUGCGGCCACCGC